GACCCCCGAAAUGGCGAUCAUGGGUGAUAAGAUGGGGGUGACAUGGCAAACUGAUCAACUGGGCUCCGUUCUGAUAUUGUUUCGGUCUGGCUAGUAGUUAGCGUAUAGCUAGCUGACGGGGACCCGAACUCGGUCAUCCAGCUCUGGAAUUAGUACUGUGCAAGCCGCGUUUGGUAGAACGACUGCCCAUCUGCAGAUUAUACUGGAACUUACAACAUAUACUGAUGGUUUCCACGCUGGGAAAUUUGGGCGAGGGUGAACAACUGACGUUUGCGAAGUUAGGGAUGAGCGCCUAUCCACUCCUUCGCCACAACACUGCAAACGCCAGAGACGAAGGCCUUCACACUGUGGGAGAAAAUGCCGCCACAACUUACAUGGAUCACUUUUUGAACAUCCCAGAUAUAUGUCCCAGUACCAAUUACCGGCCCCCGAGGUACUACCACAUGGGGUCGUACCAGACUGCGGACGCCUGUCGUAUGGAAGCAUUUCAGGCCCGGAAUCACGACUUGCGCAUGGGCCUGCAGAGCAACCGACCCCCUUUCUAUCCGAAUGUCAACGAUGGCCGGUACCGCGAGGCUUGUCAUGGUGAUGAUCUAAGAGUGACUGGCUAUCAGGUGAACCACACCGUGGAACCUCUUAGUCCUUGCUCACAGUCAAGUACUGCCAGUACCAAUGGUGAUGCCACUCCGUUUUAUCCAUGGAUGUCCAUCGUAGGUCCAAACUCAAACCAAAGAAGGCGGGGCCGGCAGACUUAUACAAGAUUCCAAACGCUGGAACUGGAAAAAGAAUUUAAGUUUAACCGGUAUCUUACAAGGAGAAGACGAAUCGAACUGUCCCAUAUGCUAUGUCUGACAGAGCGCCAAAUAAAAAUAUGGUUUCAGAAUCGACGAAUGAAAGAGAAGAAAGAACUUCAAGCAAUUAAGGAAUUAAAUGAGCAAUGUCGUACACAAGAACCAGUAAAAUCAACGACGAAAAAGGACGAUACAGCCGUUCAGUUACAGUCGUCGUCUUCACAGUCCCCCUUGUCCAGUUAACCGCCUCACCUUGAACACAUGCCAGUUUUCCUGGACUUCCUGAAGAUGAACGCAUGCGUCAGUGUGGGGUAUCAUUUCCGGUUUCAUUUUUAAAGUCAUAACAUAUCAAUUCAAUUGCCGGGAAGUGAAUGUCUCCAACAAUCGGCCAUGACGCCAGAUCGCUGAUCCAGCCAGAGCAGACCAUGACAUCGCCUCAAGCCACUGCAUGUACUUUUGGGGGCGGGUUCGCAAAACGGUCAUUAAGUUAGCCCAAAUUUACGCGUAAGUCAUAGUGAAUGUAUAAGUUGUCUUGGUGUGUAGCCCAAGCAUAGCAUGAUGACUGUUUUGACAAACAACCCUCUAGUUUGCUAAUGCUCGGUUAUGUUGUUUAUUUUCCAUUGUUGGUGUGUGGUAAUAUGCGGUCAAAUUGAGUCUGAGAUACUGGUAUGCGUCAGUGACAUAGUGGAAAAUACUACAUGCCAAAUAUAAGUUUAAUAUCACUUUAAUUGAACAUGACUGGCUGUGGGAAUCUUAGCAGUCGCGUAUUUGUGACUUUUCUCUCACUGGUUCAGUUUUAAUUUGGCAAUGAAGACCAGCUAGUUUGCUAGUAUGCUUCAUGUUUUGUUCACGUUAAACAGAAGUAGCCGUAUUCGGCCUUGAAAUUUAUUUUCUGAACCUUAAUGAUGAUAUCAAAAGUUUCUAAAAUGAUUUAUUUUCAUGGUGGGAAGUGUAAAAACGACGCCAAUGCUAAAUACCACCUUCAGAUAAGUAUAAAAAAAUCCAAAGUAAAGAUUCAUAUUUUGGUAUGUGGCUCAGUGGACAACAUUGCACAAAGCAUGAUACAUAGUACUUUCAGCUCUAACUGAUAUGGCCUUCAUUCUGUGCUUAUUUGAAUUUUAGUACCAUAAAAUGCCACAUAACACUGUUUUUGCAUUACAAAGGUAUUAUGUUUCAGAAAUCCGUUCAAACGAGAUUUCAGUAUCAGUAGAUAUCAACAGAACUAUAACUUAGACCAUUUAUUCUGAACAGAAUAUUGCAGACCUUCUGUGUGCUGUUUGCCUUUUCGGCUGGCAUUACCGGAGAAAUAUAUUGUUUUUAUGUUUGUGCGCUAUACUACUGCAAAAUAAACUGGAGAGAUUGCGUGUUCUUUCACUAAGAUAAAGCUGAUCUCAUGUGAUCACUAGGUUUAUCUUAUGACUCAAAUAUAGCACAUGAAUUUAUUUAUUUCUUUGAUUGCUGUUUUACGCCGUACUCAAGAAUAUUUCACUUAUACGACGGCGGCCAGCAUUAUGGUGGGUGGAAACCUGGCAGAGCCCGGGGGAAACCCACGACCAUCCGCAGAUUGCUGUCAGACCUUCUGCCGGAGAGGCCGGAGGCUUGAACUCAAAGCGGCCGCAUUGGUGAGAGGCUAACGAACUGAGCCACGGAGGCCCCUAUAGCACAUGAAGGUAUGCAUAACAACACCUGAGACAACGUCCACUAUUUUUUUAUGAAGGCUUUAGAUUGAUUACACGCACAUUUUGCGUCAUGAAAAAUGACAUAAUAGUCCGUAAACGAGAAUUAUACAUUGUGUUAUAAAUUAUUGACACUGUCCAAUAUGACGAGAAUCAUUCUGCUCUGUAGGGAUUUGAACAUAUUGUAAAAUAUUAGUCGUAUAACAUUCACUAUUUUCAUUUAACGUUUUCAGAUGGCAUAGCCCAGAUUCAUAUCUUAGCUUGUUAUUUUAAGACGGUUUGGGGUUUACAAAAAUGUGUAUUGCCUGACGUCCAUUUUGUGUGAAAUGCGGUAUCAAGGCUUCGUUUGGUCGAGACGUUGGUUCAUACUAUACUGAAUGUACUGGUAGUCUUGUUUUUCACGAUACACUCGAUUUCUCGGAAAGCUGUUAUUGUACAACAGUGUGUACGUAGUUUACAAUUUAGUCUACCUGUCCCCUGUACCCUAAUGGAAACAUCAUCGCUAUAACCGCUGUAAACCAUUUAUAAAAAGAACGAGAUAUAUUCUGAUGAGUCUAUAUUCCGUGGAGUCAUUUCUACGGAUAUAUUUUAGGAUAUAGGAGUCGUUCUACAUCCGGUAUUUUGAUGACGACUGGGGCGCAUGUUUUAGUGUGAGGAAGGCCGUAAUCAUUGGUUGUCCUCUAAAACGAGAAAUAUGAGACUUGUGUUUUGUAUGUGUUUCUUGUCUGCAUUUGUAUUUUGUGAUUGUACAUUUUUGUGAUAUGUUAAAUAUAUCUGUAUAUAUAAUGUAUGGAAAAAACGAGAAGUUGCCGAGAGAAUUACACCUAAAAAACGAGAUGACUUUACGUUUCGCGGAAAACGAGAACUCUUAGCCAUAUUGUGUAUAUGAUUCUAUAUGAUAUCAAAGGAACCAUUCAUGUAGAUAAAAGAGCUGUUUGAAACUGCAAGGAAAAUCCUUCCUUGGCAUGAAUUAAAAAAUGCCCUUGGUGUUAUGAGCAUUCUAGAACUAUAUAAAUAGUGUGUACUGAAAAGUACGGAGGAGGAAUUAGUAGCCAAUGGUCAUCGUGUGCAGUUAUUGGUCCCUCUGACAUACGGAGAGACUUCUGUGCAAUAGGACAAUCCUCAUAUGUGUACAGUCGUUCCGUCUCAGUGUGUUUUGUAACAGUGUUAUCAAAGUUGUUAUGCUAUAUUGUACCUAUGGUACACAUCAACAAAACUGACAUUGUCCAAACCAAAUAAAACAAAAAA